AUGCAAUAUGGGAUAGUACCGGGCUUGCACGUUGAUUCCGACGAUUUUGCCCGGUGCUAUUAUUACCUGCCACCUAGUAGUACUCUUUGCCUGGAAGAGAUAGGUAAUGUUUACUGUUAUGAAUCUGGUAAUUCAUGUCUUACAGAGUACCAACCUUUGACACUUGUGCGUCUUGGUCGCGUUAUUACUAGGACUGUGGCAGUAUUGGCAGGUGUUGGCAGAGUAGGGGAUAACCAGAAAAAGAAAGCCCAUCGAAAAUUCCAAGAAAAAAUACCUAAGAGAGACGCCGUUGCCUUUGAAUGGUCUUUUGCAGGCUUGGCUCUUAUAUUUGCUCAACUGGAGCGACUGGAUUGUGGAUUUAUCCAUCCUAGUUCUUCAUAUCGCGGUAACAUGUCGAUGAUUACUCCUGAUCCAGAGAAGACUGUUCGAAUUCUAAAGAUCAUAUAUUACUCUAUUUUCCCUUAUAUCAUCGACUUAUGGCUCAUCAAAGCUGGUAUACUAAGUUUUUAUUAUGUUGUCAUUCCAAGGACAUUGCCGUUAUAUCGAUGCUUCCUGCAUAUAACUGCUGGUCUUUGCCUUGCGACCUUUUUUAUGGUCUUCUUUAUAAACAUGUUUUGGUGCGAUCCAAUUCGGCGCAACUGGUCUCUAGAUGGAGCAGAGAUUUGUGUUGCUAGUGCCAAGGAGCCCCCUUUCUUUCUUACAGUUGGUAGCACUAUUAUCACGGAUCUAUUGAUAUUCUGCCUUCCAUUUCCACUACUCCAAAACAUCCACCUCCCGCGCCGCAAAAUGGUUGGCGUAAUCGUCCUAUUCACACUCGGCUCCCUCACAAUCCUCGCUGCAAUCUGUCGUGUCGCUGUGAUCGCAAGAACCGCAAAUGUCACCGAAGUCACUGCUUGGACCGCCGUUGAGUGCUCCACUGGCAUAAUAGUAGCCUGCGCACCGGCUCUUCGGGUGCUCCUCGUCCGCCGAGAGCGUAACCCCUCCGGCGGCCUCUCAAAAUCCACCAGGUCAUACCCAAGACCGGGCCCGCCCAUCUUUAGUGCCAGCGAUCGAAACGAGAUAUGGGAUGGAACUGACGCGACAGCACCGCACUGGAUCCGCAUGGCCAGCAUACCCGGCAGCGCCGCCGUAUCACCGCGAGAACCACAAUUUGACGAUGCCGUGAUAGAGGCGCUCUCGAAGCAACUAACACCGGGCAGGAACAGCCACGACUUUCGUAACUCCAAUUUUAGUAACUUCGAUAUGGUUGCACAGAUUCCGAAUAUGAGACUACAACUUGGUCGAGGAAUCAUAGAGCAUGCACCAAUGUCACCGCGUAGUACUAGAUCACCCGUGGACGACCAUAUGACGAUUGGGUCAAUAUCACCUCGAACUAUAUCGCCUCUGACAAGCCCAGAUUUUAUUCGCCUGGACCACCGACCCGGAUCGGACGAUGUCUCGCUGAACCGAUGGGAUACUAAUGAGAGUGGGAGACUGGAGCUGGGAAGGAUCGUGGAAAACGCGGCGGGAGCGAAUCGGCCAAGGUCGAUUUCAAGGACUACUUGUGACAAUGGACCUAAGUCUGGACCGAGGGGCUUUUUAUGA